ACAUGUGUUGCCGGAAGCGAGAGGUGUUUUCGGCACCGGAAGUACAGCGACGUGGCUUAAGCGUCCUGGCUAGUACCUGUGACAGGCUGUGAUGGCGAGCUCGGCAGCCGCAGUCCCUUUCCUUGCUCCGCCUCUGGAGCAGCUCCGGCACUUAGCAGCGGAGCUGCGGUCUCUUCUGCCUCAAGUGCGGGUCGGCGAAGCCCAGGAGACAACCGAGGAAUUUAAUCGAGAGAUGUUUUGGAGAAGACUUAAUGAGGCAGCAGUGAACCUGUCAGAGGAAGCCAAGAUUCUGACCAUACUGUUUUCCCGACUUCCACUGCCAUCUCCACGGGAAACCCAGAGGAUCUGUGAGCAAAUCCAUGUUGCCAUCAAGGAAAUUAUUGCAGUAUAUUAUUCACUUCCUAAGGAUCAGGGAAGCACCCUGAGAAAGCUGGUGCGGAGUGCUACUCUGGACAUUGUGGAUGGCAUGGCCCAGCUCCUGCAAGUGCUUGUCUCUCCAUCUCCAAGCACUGAGAACAGUGACCUUAUUUCCUGCAAUAGUGUCUCGAUAGCAUGCCAACAGGUGCCUAAGAUUCCAAAAGAUAACAAAGCCGCAGCCCUGCUAACGCUGACAGAGAGUGUGGGUUUUGUGAAAGACGCACAUGAAGAAAUGGAACAGGCUGUAGAAGAAUGUGACCCCUACUGUGGCCUCCUGAAUGAUUCUGAGGACAACUCUGACAGCCACAAUGAUGAGGAUGGUGGAGUAGGGCUUCCAAGCAACCAGGACUCCUACUGGUCAAAGGAAGAUCAGGAGCUCAUAGCCCCGUGCCUUGCAUUGGUGAAAGCAUCCAGAGCUUCCCUCAGAAAAAUCCGGAUCUUAGUGGCUGAGAACGGGAAGAAGGAUCAGGUGGCCCAGCUGGAUGACAUCGUGGAUAUUUGUAAUGACAUCAGCCCCAGUGUGGAUAAUUUGGUUCUGAGCAUAUAUCCACCUGUGUGCCACCUCACUGUGCGGAUCAAUGUAAGUAUUAGCUUUGAAUUGGUAGAAUUUUUUUAGUCUCUGGUAUUCCCU